UUUUAGUAGGAGGUUUUUAUAUUAUUAAAAAUGGACUGGAAACCAUUUCUUUAUGGUGGUCUUGCAUCAAUGACGGCAGAGCUAGGCACUUUUCCAAUUGAUACUACUAAAACUAGAUUGCAAAUUCAAGGUCAGGUUAUAGAGGCAUCACUUAAACAAUUGCGAUACAAAGGCAUGUUUCAUGCUGUUUUUAAAAUAUCAAGAGAAGAAGGCAUUCAAGCUUUAUACAGUGGUAUUAAACCAGCUUUAUUACGCCAAGCCACUUAUGGAACAAUAAAAAUUGGUCUUUACCAUUGGAUUAAAACAAUCUUAGUUAAUGAUCCAAAAAACCAGACUUUACUUUCAAAUAUGAUUUCUGGUGUAUCUGCAGGAGCUAUUUCAUCUUCAAUAUGUAACCCAACUGAUGUUCUGAAAGUUCGGCUACAAUCUAAAACUCACUCAUCUCAUUAUCCACCAGGAUUAAUUGCAAGCUUUGCUUAUAUUUAUCAACAUGAAGGUUUUCGAGGAUUGUACAGGGGUGUUGGAGCUACAGCUCAGCGUGCUGCAGUUGUUGCAGGAUUAGAAUUAUCUGCGUAUGAUUACACAAAAAAAUUGUUGAUUGAUCAUAAUUUGCUUUCUGACAAUGCUGCAACUCAUUUUCUUGCAAGUUUUUUAGCUGGAUUUAUUGGAGCUUUGGGGUCAAAUCCAAUUGAUGUGAUCAAGACUCGAAUGAUGAAUCAAGAAAUCAGUCAAUCCGGUGUUAAAAAUAUAAUUUAUAGAGGAAGUUUGGAUUGUGCAUUGCAAACAAUACGUUAUGAAGGUUUUUUCGCAUUGUACAAAGGAUUUGUACCGACGUUUGUAAGAUUAGGUCCAUGGAAUAUUAUUUUUUUUAUGUCUUAUGAACAGUUCAAAAUUUUGGAAAAGAAAAUAAAGGAACCGUAAUAAUCCUAGACUUCUCCUAAGCUUUUUAAAGUUUGGUAACGAAAUGGCUAAUUUAUAUUGUACUUGAAAGAUUUUUUAAUUUUUUUUAAAGAUUUAUAAAGAAA